AUGGCUUCCAACAUUAAUUCCAAGUUGUUGUCAUGUCAAGCUUAUGAUCCAUCGCUUACUGCCGAAAAAGCUGUUGAACUGGUUCAAGCAACUGAAAUGCAGGGAGCAUUUGUAAUUAGGCCUAGCGGAAGUGCUAAAGGCGAUUUAACCAUUACUGCUUACUGGGAUGGGAAAAUUUAUCAUCAUCGUAUUAUUAUUACGCCGACCAGGAUUAUUGUCCCGGAAGUUAGUAAACCUGGAGGCAUCCCAGAAAAUUUAAAAUAUUUUACGGACCUCAACUCAGUUACUGCCUAUUAUAAAGACAACUUUAAAUUGGUCUUUAAGACAUUAACCCCUCUUAAUGUAGCAGAAACACAUUUAAAUCACCAUCAAGCUCGUCCACUACCUCAGCCUAUUCCAACCAAUUCCCACAAUCAGCCUCGAUCAAAUGAUGCACAAUUGACGCCAGGAUCUUCAAUUAAGACUUCAACAAAUCCAUUUAAAAAUAUUAAAGGAGAACAAACCCCAGCUAAUCAAAGAAAACCUCACAUUCACAUCAUCCGAGGAGAUCGCUUUGCGGAUGAUGGCAAUCAACUGGUUUUUGACAACGUUAGCGAUAUUUUGAAUUUUCGCCGUCGUGAGGAGGGUGUUUACGGGAUAGAUAAGAUUCCCAGAAACAGUAUUUCUUCCAACCGGCAUCAUAAUGAAGUUUUUGAGGAAGCUCAUAGACAAUUUGGAAGAUUAUCAUAUGGUUACCAGGAGACACAACUACUGCAGGACUAUCUCAGGCAAGGCAUUAACAAAGACGUCGAAGGUAUUCAAAAUGGAGAAUUAUCGUGUGAACGCCUUGAGACGCUUUUGCUAUCCUUAGCUAGUAAAGUAAAUAAGGAAAUGGAUGGAUAUUAUAACUAUCUGAAGAAUCUAGAGCAAGUACUUAUGCGGUUAACAGAACCAUCGGAAAUUCCCUGCAAGUUUCUUACCCGUACUGAUGAAUGGAAAAACCGUCAAAUGACAUUAGGUGACAUGGUAUGCCAGUUUGAGGUCUGCAAAAAUCUCAUAACAGAAAUCCAUAAGAAAUUUUAUAAAAUGAUGGAAGUUAAAGCCGCUACAAAUAUCAACGAAUUUAAUCAUGCAGAAUCUUACGAAUUUGUUGAUAUUUCCGAAAGAACAGAUCGUAAUUCUGACGAUGAAGACAUAGAUAAUGAAAACUACGACAAGCUUCAAUUUUCUACGUUAGAGCGUAAUACGAAUCCAAUACAAACCAUGUCAGAGCCAGAUACUUCUCAUGAAGGUCAAAAUAUGUUCGCAUUCAAUGAAUCUACGCUGUUCUCGGAUCAAGAACCUCAACCAAACUUUGAGGAUCUGGACAAAUUCUACGGUAUUUUAGAUAGUCUCAGCAGUGAUUUGACGCCUAAAGCAAAAGUCAAAAUAUUUGUUGGCACAUGGAAUAUGGGUGGAAAUCUCUCUAAAGCUCCAAAUAUUCGACCUUGGCUAACAUGCCAAGGAUCCACCAAUAUAUCUUCAUCUUUACAGGAAGGGUAUGAUAUUUACGUUAUUGGUACUCAGGAGAGUGGAAUGAGUAAUCUUACAACCUGGACUAAUCAUGUGAAAAAUUUAUUAAACCAAAUGACUGCAAAAUUUUACGUGAAGCUGGAUGCACUAGGCUUAGUUCAAAUGAAGAUUGCAGUAUUCUGUAGCCUUGAUUACCAUAAAGUGAUCACUAAUAUCAAACAUGACUUUGUUAGAACUGGUAAUAUACCUGGAGUUCCAAGAUUUGGCAACAAAGGUGCAGUAGCCAUUUCCUUUCAGCUCCAUCAAACCCAUUUUUGUUUCAUUAAUAGUCACUUGGCUGCAAGAGCAGAAAACCUAGUAAAGCGAAAUGAUGAAGUUCAACGAAUUGCCCAAAAUUUGCGCCUAGGAAAUUUUCAAUCGAAGCUACAAGAUGUCACUCAUCAAUUUCAUCAUAUAUUUUGGUUUGGAGAUUUAAAUUACCGUGUUGAUGCGAAUAUAAGCGAAGUCAAUGAGAAAGUGAUCAAUAAACAAUUUACAGGCCUUCUGAAUAAGGACCAACUUAAUCAACAGAAAAGCGAUGGAAUAAUCUUUUUUGAUUGGGAGGAAAAGCAAAUUGAUUUCGCACCUACCUAUCGCUUGGUUGUUGGUUCAAACAACCGUUACAUGUGUUACAAAAAUAAAGGUAAAAAUAAGCUCAUCGUUAACGCUCAUUCUUGGUGCGAUCGAAUUUUAUGGAAGUCUUAUCCACAGCAGAAAGUAAAGUGUUUAGCUUAUGGCAAGUAA